UAUUUAUUUCGAGAGCGAGCCGGAGAGCGGCGGCCCAGGACGCUAUCGCUCUCUGGUCUCUCCUGUCUCACGAGAAAGCCAGAGAAACCUCCUCCGCCUACUUCCACCCAAUUCUCUCCCCUCCAUCCGACUCAGAACUCCCCAGAUCGCUCUCCGCUUCGGUCUGAUCCCUCGGAUCGAACGGCCUCUUACUACCUCUAAUCUUUCUGCGAGAAAGAUCGUCGUUUGCUCGUUUCUUUUCUUUUGCCCCUUUUUUGGAUUCAUGGCUGUGGUGGAUCGAUAUCUGGAUUGGAUUUAGGGUUUGGUGGUUCUUGACAGGAGUCUGAAGCCGAGCUGGGUAUGAUGGAGCGGAUGAAGUAUCCGAUCCGAUCGGAGGAGUACGAGCUGUAUGAGUUGGUGGGGCAGGGAGUCAGCGCGUCCGUUUAUCGAGCGCGUUGCAUUCCCUUAGAUGAGGUCGUGGCGAUCAAGAUUCUUGAUUUUGAGAGGAACAACAGCGAUCUGAGCAACAUCUCCCGCGAGGCACAGACUAUGAUCUUGAUUGACCAUCCUAAUGUUCUCAAGGCACAUUGUUCAUUUGUAAAUGGUCAUGACUUAUGGAUUGUCAUGCCUUAUAUGGCCGGGGGGUCUUGUCUUCAUAUAAUGAAAUCUGCUUACCCCGAUGGCUUUGAGGAAGUCAUGAUUGCAACUAUAUUACGUGAAGUAUUAAAAGGUUUAGAUUAUCUUCAUCAUCAUGGCCAUAUACAUCGAGAUGUAAAGGCUGGUAAUAUCUUAGUUGAUGCACGAGGUGGGAUUAAGCUUGGAGAUUUUGGGGUUUCUGCUUGCCUUUUUGAUUCAGGUGACAGGCAACGCACGAGGAAUACAUUCGUGGGGACACCUUGCUGGAUGGCACCUGAAGUGAUGGAGCAAUUACAUGGUUAUGAUUUCAAGGCUGACAUAUGGUCUUUUGGAAUUACUGCUUUGGAGCUUGCUCGUGGUCAUGCUCCUUUCUCAAAAUACCCUCCAAUGAAGGUCUUGCUUAUGACUUUGCAAAAUGCCCCUCCAGGCCUUGACUAUGAAAGAGACAGGAAGUUCUCAAGGUCUUUUAAGCAAAUGAUUGCUAUGUGCUUGGUAAAAGAUCCUUCGAGAAGGCCUUCUGCCAAAAAACUUCUGAAGCAUCCUUUCUUCAAGCAAGCCCGCUCCCAAGAUUACAUUGUGCGGAAGAUAUUGGAGGGGUUACCUACUCUUGGUGUUCGCCAUCAAGCUUUGAAGGACAAGGAAGAAGACUUGGUUGCACAAAAGAAAAUGCCUGAUGGAAAGAAGGAGGAGAUAUCUCAGAAUGAAUAUAAAAAAGGAAUCAGCUGUUGGAAUUUUGACAUUGAGGACUUGAAGGCUCAGGCCUCACUGAUUCCAGAUAAUGAGGACACCGUUCUGGGAAAAGAUCUGGAUAGGUGUCAAGAUUAUUUGUUUAAACUUGAUAACUUGCAAGAUAAAAUGCCAGAAGGGACCAAUUUUUUUACAAGUUGCUCAUUGAAGUAUGAUGAUGACAUGGAAAGCGAUGGGAUGUUACAUGAUAAAUCAAGUCUCGUUUCAUCAUCUACUCAGACUACAUAUCUUCAGAGAGCCAGAUCCAAUGAAUCUGAGAGUGAGGCUAAGGCUGCUGGAAAAAGUGACCAGAAUGUUCUUCAGAAUGGUUUGCAGUUCCAUGGCAAUGGGGUAGAACACUGCUCUAGCGGAAGUUAUGAACCAGAUAACAAUGUAAAGCAUGUGGACAAUGUGCCUGUCCAGACUCAUCAUGAACAGAAGUCUUCUACAAGUUCAUGCUCAUCAGACAUUCUUUCUUCAGCAAAAGGAGAGAGUCUGAAUCAACAAAGUCAACUCCUGAACUUGGAAAAUUGCAAUGGAGGGGUUUCUUGCACAGUCAAUGACACAACUGUCGAAGCAAUGCCUAAAGCAACCAAAUCAUCAGUAUCAAGUGCCGAUGAUCUUGAUGACAAAUCAAAACCUCCACUUGUGCAGCAAAGGGGACGUUUUAAAGUGACAUCUGAGGAUGUUGACUUAGAUAAGGCUCUUCCACCUAUUGGCCUUCAGAAGAGUCUCAGUUUGCAGGUUAUACCGCAACUUUCGAUGACAAGUGCACCAUUAUCAGUGGAUGCUACUUCAAAUCUUUCUGCCUGUUCCAUUUAUCCACAGCUGCAUUCUAUUUUGCAGGCAAAUAUUAUUGAAAGGGAUAAUAUCCUUAGUAUGAUGAAGCAACUGAGUGCUGGUGACUUACCAAUUUCUGAUGCUUCAUCUAAUCAUUCAACUGAGGGAGCUUCCCUACCAUUGCCUAAGAUUAUAACCGAGAAGUCCUUGCUGGAGGUAGCCCAUGAAAGGGAGAAGGAGCUUAUACAAGAUAUCACUGACCUGCAGUGGAGGCUAAUAUGCAUGCAGGAGGAGCUGCGAAGGCUUAAAGCAAGGAAUGCUUAAGUCAAUAUCUAUAAUUUUUACAUCUAAACCUCAUUAACUGGUUGGCAAGACAAUACAAUACCAAGGUGUCAAUUCACGUGUUAUUGCAUACCUCUAGUAUUCAACCUCAACUUCUCUGGCUGUUACACUGCCUCUGCAUUACAGCGAACCAAGGCGUCAAGCAGGAUAGCAAAGCAAAAGCAAAUGCUUUAUCGGCCAAAGAAAGUUUUGGAUGAUAUGAAAGUCAUGAGGUCAAAAAGUUGAUGCAUCGAGAAAUUAUACGUAAGGGUAUUUUCUAUUGUAUAUUUCAAAAUCUGUUAAUAGUGUUGGGUUUGAAACUAACUAUUGUUUGAGAUGCAAGGAAUUGCUCAGGUUAGAGCAGCUCCAUGGCAAGAUUCAUUGCUUGUUCUGGUUCAUUGAAUGCAUAUGACUAAUAACACAGCACGUACCAAGACGGCUGGCUGGCAAAGUAAUAUCUGAGAUACCUGUUUGGGAC